AGCGUAUUUCUGCUCUCGUUUUUAGACUUCAACGCAAAGAUUUUGGGAAAACUCAGUAGCUUUAAGCAAAUCGAUUUAUGUUUACAGUGCAUCAUGUGAUCUGUCUGAAACGUCCGCCACAAAGGCUGAGCGGACUGCCCACGAAGAUGAACCGUGGUACCACGGUCUGUUACCUCGAGAAGAUACCAACAGACUUCUCGCGAACAAUGGCGACUUCUUAGUGCGCUUGACGGAACCAGAACCAGGAAUGGUAAUGAUACAAAAGUUGAUAGAAUGUUUCGCAUGCAUUUUUCAGGGCAUGAGGACAGUGCUAUCUGCUCGUUGGAAAGAUAAAGUACAACAUUUUGUAAUCAACGAAAAAGAUGGAAAAUAUUUUAUCGAUAAGGAAAAAUUCCGAACAAUCUUAGAAUUAAUUACAUUUUACUCUACUGAACAAAAAUCAGUGACGGAGCAAACAGAGGCUAUUCUCAUAACACCGAUACCAAAACAAGAAUGGGAAUUCAAGCAUGAUUGGGUUGCUGUUAAAGUCAGCAAAGCAAGUGAGGUUACAAAGAAGAUUAUUGCUGAGAUAUGUAAAGAAGCUCGAAUCAUGCGGAGAUAUCGACAUCCAAACGUUGUGAGAUUCUAUGGAGUAGCUGUAGAGCACGUAAGAAUUCAGCAACAAAGUUAA